AUGAGCGCUUUUGUAAAGAAAGAUGUUGGAAGUUUAAGACGAUUGAGUGAGAAGUUUCUUGAGCUUAUAAAGGACUUUGAUGUUUUGCUUGCUUCGGAUGAUAAUUUCCUUCUGAGGACAUGGCUUGUAACAACAAACUCUGCUUUAUCUCUUCCAAGACUUACUUGUGUCCAUUCCUGCAACUGCAAGUGGUCCGGCGAAUGGCGAUGUAGGUAUGAGAAUUAUCACGUCUUCAAUGGAGGAGAUGAGGAAGAAAGAAAAGCAAGUUACACAGGAGGAACAACGCCACACUUGCAAGCUAGGAAUCGGAGUGGUGGGGAGGGAAGAGGAAAGAAGGCACCUGACUGGCUUAGCUUAUAA